CUUUGCUUUCGCUCUCAUCACACAGGAGCGAGUCUCUUUGACUCGCCUUUUUUCACUCGACUUUGUCGUUAGUCGGGAUGAGUUACAGCAGCAUUUUGAACUGGUCAAAGCUAUUCUGUUGGCUAUAUUACUCACCAUACAACACCGCUACCACACUCAGCCUUCCAGUACCUUGAGUCUAUUCCUAUUGUAUAGCACCGUCAUGCACGCAGUGGUUUUGUGGAUGUCGUCUGAAAAUAUCUUCUUCAGCGCUUUCAAGUCAUCGUCUAUUAUAGGUCUAGGAAUUCGAGUCAUAAUACUCUAUCUGCAUGAGUAUUCGAAUCGAACUCAACUUCAACUUUCUCUUCAAAAAAAUCUCUCCCAAGAAUCUACUCGGGGCUUUUGGAACCACACGCUCUCUAUAUGGAUGUUGCCCUUUUUUCUUCAUGCAAGGCAAACAAUGCCUUCACCAGAAACCAUGGACAGGGCUGCCGAAAGGACAAAAGCUCAAACAUUGCCUGAAGUGUUUGAUGCCUCGUGGGUGAAAUACUCCAGUCAAUCAAAUGCUCUCAUGAAGUGUUGCUACUCACUACAAAAGAGCUCUCUAUUACAAGCUACAGCCUGGAGAUUAAUAGCAAGCUUUCUAAAGCUUAGCCUUCCAGCCUUUAUCUUCCAGCUUGUCACAUUUGUUGACAAUAUUCAAGCCACUAAUAACGAUACUCUAACCCAUGGUUUAGAACUUCCAGUUCUAGGCGCUACUAUUAUAUUUUUUGGGCUAGCAAUUUCUGGCGCUGCGUCUGAGUCCGUUGAUGCGUAUAUUAAGCUUACAACAGAGCGCAUGAUGACGAGCGCAGUAACCCGCAAGUUACUCCAGGUGUCGACGAAAAGUGUGUCUAAAUUCGCAACCCUUCAGCUUUUGACGGAGCAUAUUUCCAACAUAGGAGAAAGCUCAAAUAUUAUAUUCAAAGCUGGAACUAGCGCUAUCGGACUGGCAGUUACGUUCAAAUUGCUUUGGGACAUCGUUGAUGUGGCUGCUUUCGUAGUCGUUGGUGUGGCGCUCGGCACUACCUCGGUCGCAUACAUUUUACUACAACAAAAUAUCGGCUCGCUAAAAGUUUGGGCCGAGAAAAGUCAAAACAGGCGGUCACACACCCGCCAUCUUAUUCAACCCAUCACAGCAGCAAAACUACCAAAGACCAACGACAUUACUUAUAAUAUCUUGAAGCAAGAUCGCGAAAACGAAUUGGAGAGUCGCGACAAAUAUUGGUCUAUAAAUGCGGCUGUAUACGGUAUUAUUACAUCCACAUACGCCCUAACACCAGCGAUGGCAUUAUAUUUCUGCAGAUUGCAUCCAAGUCUCACGGGCAAACCCCCUAUGUUGUUAUCCUUUUUGACCACAACAGUAUUACUUUCCGACACAUUGAAAGACAUACAAGAGAUCCCUGGCUUCUGGGCUAGAAUACAGGCUAGCUUCCACUACGUGGAAGAUUUUCUUCGAAUCUCGUCAGAACGCAAUGAAGAUGCUCCUCAAAUUAAGGAUACAGAGCCUGAGGACGAGGAAAGCCCAGCUGUUGAGUUCUCCAAUGCAACACUCGCGUCAUCAAGUGCUGGACCAAUUGUCCGAGAUGUAAAUAUAUCUCUUCCUAGACAAUCACUGACUAUUGUCACUGGUGAGGUUGGAAGUGGGAAAAGCACAUUUUUGCGAUCCUUGGUUGACUGCCAACUGGUUCGAGCAGGGAUAGUAGGAGUACACGAGCCAGUACUAGGCUAUUGUGGGCAGGAUCCAUGGAUCCAAAAUCUCUCCAUCCUUGAAAAUAUUGUUGGUCCGAAUACUUUUGAAAGAGCGUGGUAUCGCCGAGUACUCAAUCUUUGCUGUCUUUCAGACGAUAUUAGAGCUCUCCCGGGAUCAAAUAACUUUGUUGCCGGCCGACUGGGCGCAAAUCUGAGUCAAAGUUUGCAACACCGAAUAGCUUUGGCGCGCGCUAUUUACUCUAGAGCUACAUUCUUAGUUCUUGAUGAUAUCUUUAUGGCUCAAAGCGCGUUUGUUACAGGUCAACUCAUAACUAACAUUCUAGCGCCGGAUUCUUUCAUUCGACAAUAUUCUACAAUUAUAAUGGCUACAAAAAGAACAGAUCCCUUUCACGAUGUAUGCGACCGAUUUCUUAAAAUCGGAUUCAAUGGCCAAGUCGCAGAUCUCAAUGCUCUCGAGAUUGGCGACGAGACGGACGAGUCUGAUGAUUUAUCUGCUCAAUAUGUCAAGCAAAUAUCUCAAGUCCCAGUAACCGAAGCAACAAAGAAGCACCGAACCUUUUCGCGGGAUAUUGACGCGCAGUUUGGCCAGGCAACACACUUGCAUGACAAUCCCGAUGGCAUCAAGUACUCGGCAAUUCUGGCCCAAUUAAAUCUCCCGGUUACUAUUCUAUGCGGACUCUUACUUGUUGCUCAAGUCAUACUAGAAGAACUCCCAAUCUUAAUGCUUCGUCGAAACUUCGAAGCACAUGGCAUCUCCAUUUUUCUUCACUUGUGGUCUAUUUUCUUAACUGCAUGUAGUGGUAUAUUAUAUGCCUUAGCCUUGCAUAUCUUCCGUACGAAUGCAUUGUCUACAAUGCUGGCAUCUGUACAUGACAAACUGCUGGGCUCCAUUUUUGGAGCCUCCAUAUCAUCUUUAACAAGCGAGAAUAUUCUUGCUGGCGCUAAUCUAUUGUGCGAGGGUAUACAAGCAAUGGAUCUCUCACUCUAUCAUGGAACGUUCAAUGUUCUAUAUUCAUUUCUAGGUGUAACGUCAGCUCUCUCAUUCGCGGCCUCCCAACAUAUCACCGGCAUUAUCAUAUAUCCUAUUUGUUACUCAUACCUCUAUAUUACUUACAAGCUUUAUGCGCCGGCAUCAUAUCAGCUGCUUCAACUACAGAGCAAAACAUCAGCAUCACUCUGUUCAGCAUUUGCUGAGACAGCAUCCGGCGCAGAUCAUAUCCGCGCUCUGCGGUUGCAGGCCUUCCAAGAAACGUAUGUCCAAAAGGUCUUUGACAACAAGGAAAGGAUACAUGCAUACAUCGUUUCCUCGAAAAGAUGGCUAGAAUUUGCUAUCGAUCUAAUGCUGGCAUUAUUGAACUGCAUAACCGUCGCCAUCAGCGUGUAUAUGCAUGUCCCCUCAUACAAGGCUGGUAUCAGUGUUUUCGUUUUAUUAUACAUGAGAACUAUGACUUUAAAACUAUUUUAUAGUUUGGAGAAGCUGGAUGCCUGUUCGGUUACGCUGAAGCAGAUGGAAGAUCUGCAGAGUACUCUUCGGAAGAGACCAGUCACUGCGGAAGGUCCUGCCUGUUCUGUUUGGCAUGGACCAGGACAUAUUCGGUUCCAGCAUGCAUUUAUUGGAUACAACCCAACUAUGGAAACCUCAACGCUACGAAAUGUAUCCAUCAAUAUCCCUGGGGGGACUCGAACUGGCUUUUAUGGAUCGAUAGGGUGCGGCAAAACGACGCUGAGCCUAGCGCUACUAAACCAGCUUCCAUACUCCGGUUCCAUUACGGUCGAUGACGUUGAAGUUCGCGAUAUCCCACACAAUAUCUUCCGAACUCUCUUCACAGUUAUUCCGCAAAAGCCUGUUACCUUUCCUAAUGCAACAAUCCGGCAAAAUCUAUUACCAGAUGAGAUCGACCCUCACCACCUACGCGCAGAAGAUAACUAUGAGCACACGAUUCAACAUGUUCUAUACAACGUUGGCCUCUUUGACCUUGUAGAGCGAGUGGGCGGCUUAGCAACUCGAUUUUCGCAGCUCAACCUGACGUCAGAACAGCUGCAGCGCUUUUCAGUAGCAAAGGGGCUCAUGGAACAUCGCAUCCACCGCAGUAAGGUGGUGGUUAUCGAUGGAGCUACGAGCUAUGUCAACAUACAUACCUUGCAGCAACUACGAGAUGUUAUGAGGGACAGUUUUGCACAGAAUGAGUGCACCAUUUUGACAGCUUCAGAUAAUGAGCCUGCUCUGCAUGGGUCGCGGUUGGUGUUCGGAAUACGAUACGGCAAUGUCCUGCGGUUGAUUGGACCCAAUCCCGUGGAUGAUUAGAAGUGGCGAUGGGUACGAUUUGAUGUCUUGUUUUGUGCGUGUUUUCAACUACGAUAAUUUUCUCCUAUUCCUUUUCUUGUUUAUAUUUAAUUGCAUAUUUAUUUAUAUUUUAAGAUUAAUCACGUCAACCAGAGGGCGCACCAUGUUGGACAUCGUCUGGUUAGUGAGCCAGCCUCGUUUGCUAAAUUUAAGGUGGCCGCGUCACAACCAACCACCGCGCAUUUAACAAUCAC